AUGACGGUGGUGAAGCGCCAGGCUCAGUCGCCCUCGGGGGUCUCGUCGGAGGUCGAGGUGCUCAAGGCCCUCAAGUCGCUCUUCGAGCACCACAAGGCGCUGGACGAGAAGGGCCCCCCCGAGCGGCGUCGGGAGGCGGAGCUGGAGGCGUCGCUGGGCCGGCACCGCGUGGCCACCCUCUGGAGGCAACUGCAGCGGCUCCAGGACGAGGCCACCAGCGCCCAGAGGGAGCUGGCCCGGGCACACGAGGCGGGGGCCAAGCUCCAGAGGGACCUCAAGGAGGCCCUGGCUCAGCGGGAGGACAUGGAGGAGCGCAUCACGACGCUGGAGCGGCGCUACCUGAGCGCCCAACGCGAGGCCACGUCCCUGCACGACGCCAACGACCGCCUGGAGAACGAGCUGGCCAGCAAGGACUCCCUCUACAGACAGGUGGGGGCACACCUGGGGGCACCUGGGGGCACCUGGGGGGACAUAGGAUACACCUGGGGGCACCUGGAGAACGAGCUGGCCAGCAAGGACUCCCUCUACAGACAG